AUGCAGAUGGAUCUAUCGAGCGAUACAAGGCAAGACUUGUGGAAAAAGGCUAAUUUAGAUUGGUCACUACACCAGUUUGAUGUAAAGAAUGUUUUUCUACAUGGCAAACUCACGGAGGAGUCACCACGUGCAUGGUUUGGACGAUUCACCAUGACAAUGAAGAACAAUGGUUUCAAACAGUGCAACUCAAAUCAUACUAUGUUCUUGAAACAUCGGAAAGGGAAGGAAAUAUCACAGCUACAAGACUAUCUGGCUACAGAGUUUGAGAUGAAGGAUCUAGGGGGACUCAAGUGUUUCUUGGGAAUUGAGGUGGCUCGAUCGCAGCAAGGCAUAUUUCUCUCUCAAAGGAAAUAUGUCUUGGACUUGUUGACAGACACAUGA